AUGAAGCUGCUGAGAGUCCUUGUGCUGAUUGCCCUCCCCCUUUACUGUUCUGCAGGUAGUUCUGGAUGCUCACCUCUAGAAGAGGUGAUUAACAAAACAAUCGAUUCUCAAGUAAGCGUGGAAGAAUACCAAAAUUUACUUAAACCCUACUCAUCUGGUCCUGUGACUGACCAGGCCCUAGCACAACUGAAGCAAUGUUUUCUCAGCCAGUCAAAUGAAACUCUGAGCAAUGUUGGAGUGAUGAUGGUAACUAUGGUUUCUUCUAAUGAGCUUUAA